AUGCCAAUACCAACACUACCAACCAACAUUGAAAGUCAGUGUAAAUAUAAAAUAACAACAACGACGACAGCCAGAGAAUCAGCAUCGUCUCAACCAUCAUCGCCACCGCCAACGACUGGAGCUGGUGGAAAACUUCAAUACAAUACAAAUACUGACAACAGCAAAGUAGCUCAAAUCGACAACAGAAAACAAUAUUAUAGCCAACUAACAACACUUGAAUGGAACAACAAUGCCAAUAACAACAACAACAACAAUAACUGUAUCGGCAACAAUUUCAACAUCACUGCUAACAACAUAAAAAAUUGUAAACAUAACGACAACGGCGGCAGUAUCGGCUGCAGCAGCUGCCGUCGGAGGAACACCAAUAGAAAAGGACACGUCAAUAGAUCUUCUUGCUGUUGGCAGCGGUCAUUGUUGGGUACUUCCUCCACUUGGAUAUUUUGCCUUUGGUUAUGGAUUGCAAUUUCAUCAUUGGUAUUUGUCCAAUGUAUACCGUCACCAUCUUCAUCAAUACAACAGCCACAGAAACGAGGUGGUGGCUCUGUUGACAUGUCCAAAGAUCAAUGUAAUAAAACUGUCGAUAUCUUCGAAGAUGUUAGUUCACCCGAAGUGAAUCACAUAAAUGUGGGCCGGCCACUUACAUGCUGGUAUCGAUUUCGAACGUUAAAAGGUGCCCCAAGAGACUUCGUUUUACGGCUGCGUUUUAAGAAAUUUAAAGUUGGAACUCUGCUAAAUGCUACACACUGUGAAGGAGGCUAUUUACAGAUUGUCGAUGGCAAUGCCAAAACGGAUGUGUCAAAUCGUCGAGAACCGGGUAUGUUCUGUGGUGAAGCUGAACAACCGCAAACAUUUAUCAGUGAAACGAGUUAUGUGAAGGUUAUGUUUCAUACCGAUAAUUUUACUGAUCAGACUUACUUUACAUUUGAUUCUCGUGCCGAACAACAAACUGAAGUUUACCCCCGCUAUGGCCCACAUCCAGAAUUGUAUCCAAAUCGCCGGGGGGAAGUUGUACAGGGAUCAUAUUGUGAACGCGAAUAUCGUGAUUGCCGCCUACAAACCUGUUACGUUCAAUCGCCUGCCUAUCCUGGUCUAUAUCCCAGAGCCUUAAACUGCCGCUACAAAUUGCACACACGUCAGCCUUACAUCAAAUUGUAUUUGCAAAACGAACAGUUUGCGGUCGAUGGUCAAAGAUGUGAAAAUGUCAUGACCUGUCCCAUUCGCCACAUUGGUUCCGGCAACGAGCACUGUCCCUACGAUUGGUUGGCUGUCUACGAUGGACGCGAUGAACAUUCCCCAUUAAUUGGUAAAUUCUGUGGCCUAGGAAAAUUCCCAUUUAGUAUAAUAGGCACUUCACAAUACAUGUACGUUGAGUUCGUUACAUCACCUGCUGGACCUCUACUGAAUACUGGGUUUCAUUUCAAUGUUGGCAAUUGGCCAGGUCAUGUUGAAACGGCUGGCAUUAAACACGGCAUAUGCGAUUGGCUGCUAAGUUCAGACUCGCUCAAAGAUAGCAGUGCCAGUGAGGGUAUAUUCCUCAGUAUAGCCCAUUGGUAUCCACCAAACACCUCAUGCAGUUAUCACAUCAAAGGACGAGCUGGUGAAAUAGUGCGUCUAUAUUUUCCAAGUUUCCGCAUAAACCGCAUCGAAUCACCCAUUUUGAAGUAUGAUGAAGAUUGUGGAGAAUCGUUGACCAUUUAUGAUUCAGAUCGUGCCGAUCCAGCUCGUAUUAUUAAGACAUUCUGCGAUACCUUCUCAAGGCCCAUGGAAAAAGUGGACUUUGUAAGUACGAGUCCAUCGUUGUUUGUACAAUUCGAAUCGAAAACUGGUUCGUACAGCGGGUCAUCGUUGUACUUUUGGGCUCAUUAUGAUUUCUUUAAUAACACCCGAUUUGGUGAUCCUGUUCCAAAUACUCUGUGCGAUGAAGUUAUGUACGCCUGGAAACAUCCCGGAGGAAAGAUACGUUCACCCAUGAAUUCGUUGAUCUUCAAGCGAACUGGCGGCUCGGACGUCAGAUGUCAAUAUAAAUUUGUAACCGAUCGUCGUCUGUAUGCCCGAGCAGUGAUUGAAGUUAGUUCGGUAAUGUUCAAGGAAUUGCCCUAUAAUAACAAUGCCUGUACGCGCUGCCACGAGGAGAGAGUAGAUAAGCUGGUCAUUUGGGAGGAACGCGAAAAGUUCCAGAAUAAUUUGGCCUGCUUCUGUGACAACAUUCCACGGCCAGUGCGGGUUAUCUCGUCGGCAGAUCAAAUGAAUUUGGAAAUGAUAGUACAAGGCCAGCAUGCCAUAACUUCAUAUUUCAAGAACCCUAAUCCACUGUUCGAAGCCUCAUAUGAAUUUGCUCAUGGACCUUUGUGUGGCCCCAUUACUUUGGGUCCCUCACCCGAUGGUGAAUUGGUAUAUCCCUAUAAGAAGGCUUUGGCCUUGGUAACGGGUCCCAUGGCAGCACAACCCGAGCAUCACUAUAGGCGAGAGAAAUGCAUUUGGGAACUGAAAGUUGCUUCUCAGAGGGAUCUUUGGCUGAAUUUGGAAAAGGCGCGAUUUGGUGACCGCACUUGCGACAGUGCUAAAAUCGAAGUUUAUUUGGCAGGACGUUUGGAGCCCCGAUUUAUUAUAUGUCCUGAAAAUGUAUCAUUGGCUCGAGAUUUACCCAUACUAUCAACGGCAGAUUUGGGUGCUUUGGGUUCGGAUCAAGAACCAUUGCCUGUACUAAUACAAUACACCGGAGAUGGGCAGCCUGGCAAGAACAUCUUCCGCUUGGUGUGGACCGAAUUAUUCCACUUACCACGCAACCCAGAUGGCAGUUUAGCCGCCUCACUGUUACAAGAUAAUGAAUGCAGUUUUAAGUGUCCUGGCAAUCCCAACAUUUGCCUACCACAACGUUUCGUCUGCGAUGGCAUACAGAAUUGCCCCAAUGCAAGUCAUACCUCAACACAACUGGAAGACCUCACACAGCAUUUGCAAUGGAAUUUGGAGCAAUUGGAUUUGUGGCACAUACACAAGGAUCAACCACAGCACUUGAGUAGUAAACUUCUCGAUGACGAAUCGGCCAUAUUGUGCGUGAAAAAAUAUCAACGUAGAGCGAUGACCGUUGGAGAAAUUGCCUUCUUUUCAGCUAUUUUAGUAUCGAUAAUAGUUUUAAUAGUUCUAAUAUUGCGUUUGAUGUGUCGAGGGUCCAAGCACAAGGAUUCAACAAGUAAAUAUUAAAA